UACUCCAUCUUUAAGCUGAAGCUUCUGCCACCCCCUCUUCUUUCUCUUCAUAUUUCUUUUUUUCUUGGCUCUCAAUUCUCUCUUCUGUGUUUAAACUUUGAAGUGUUAAGUUGCUAAGAAACACUUUCCGUGUACACAGAGAGAGAGAGAAAGAGAAUCAGUUUCCGCGUUAUCCUAAGCUAAGCCAAUACUUCUGAUUUCUCUGAAGCGUGCAAGCUAAUUCCCCAUAUCUCUGAGACAAAAUACCGUCCACAAUUUUCUUUUCUGCCAAACACCCUUUUUUAUUCUCUUCAAGCUUCUUCCUCCUAUUUAAGCUUAACCCCUCCCUCAUUCACUAUUUAUUCACCAUUUUCUCUCUCCGAAUCGCUUUCCUUUCUCCACUCCUUUCUGGGUCUUGUUUCUUGUCCAUCCUUUUCAAAACCCUCUUAAAGAUUUCCCCUGUUUCUGCAUUUUCUUCUGCAAAUUUGACUCCAAGGUUUGUCCUAGAUUUGUUCAUUUACAGGGAGAACAGAGCGCAGGUUGCGAAGAAUUCGAGGAUUGGUUUGGUUGCAGGAGAAUUUGACGCCAUGGGAGCCCAUUUGAGCAAGAAGACUUCUCCCACGGGAACUUCAUCAGCUUCAUCCAUGAAUUUUGCCACCAAUUUGGCUUUCACAACAGAGCUCAGCUCCUACGAGGCGGCCUGUAAAGCUGAUGCUGAUCUACAAUCGUUUGAUUCCACCCUCCAAGCUCGCACCCACCAAGCCAUCAACACCAUCGCCGUCGGCGUCGAGGUUCGUGCCCUAUCCUUCGAUUCUCUUAAAGAAAUCACAGAGUGUUUGUUAGAAAUGAAUCAGGAAGUUGUGAAGGUAAUCUUGGCCUGCAAGCAAGAUAUAUGGAAGAAUCAGGAACUGUUUGAACUGGUUGAGGAGUACUUUGAGAAUAGUUUACAGUCUUUGGAUUUCUGCACUGAAUUGGAGAAGUGUCUAAAACGAGCUCGUGAUAGCCAUCUUCUGAUAUUAAUGGCGAUUCAACAGUUCGAGGAGGAAACAGAGGUGGGAGGAUGGAAUAACGGGUAUGUCAAAACUCUACAAGAGUUGAAGAAUUUCAAGGCCUCUGGUGACCCUUUUACAGAGGAAUUCUUCAAAAUAUUCCACUCUGUUUACCGGCAACAGAUUGGAAUGCUUGAGAAACUUCAAAUUAGAAAGAACAAGCUUGACAAGAAAAUCAAGUGUAUGAACACCUGGAGGAAGGUGUCCAGCAUAAUCUUUGUAGCCACUUUUGCCACUGUGUUGAUAUGCUCUGUUGUGGCAGCAGCCAUGGCAGCUCCACCAGUUGCGGCAGCAAUGGCAGCUGCUUCGUCGAUUCCGGUGGGAUCGAUGGGGAAAUGGAUAGACUCACUAUGGAGGAACUAUGAGGCUGCUCUGAGGGGACAGAAAGAGGUGAUAAGCUCAAUGCAAGUGGGGACUUAUGUAGCCAUUAAAGACAUGGACAACAUUAGAGUGCUGAUUGAUAAACUGACAGUGGAGAUAGAAUCCCUGUUCCAGAAGGCGGACUUCGCCAUUGAAGAGGAAGCUGUGAAGCUUGGGGUGGAGGAGAUGAAGAAGAAGCUGGGGAAGUUCAUGAAUAAUGUGGAGGAUUUGGGAGUACAGGCUGAUACCUGCAGCCGAGAUAUAAGGAGGGCGAGGACGGUGGUUCUUCAGAGGAUCAUAAAACAUCCUAACCACUGAAAAGAAAAAGAAAAACAGAGUGUGUUUUCUUCAAACUGCUCUGUUCUGGUGCUAACUAUUGGUUGUUUUUGGUGAAUUUGUAUGGAUUUUUUAUGAUGAAUCCAAUAGAUUAUUUCAUUUUAGACUUGAAAAAUAUUGGGUGUUGGAUUAUUGAUUCGGAAUUUUAUGCUUCAAGGUGUAUUAUUUGUUUGUUAAGUUUUUGAAUUGGACAGUAUUCGCUUCACAUCUGGUAUGCUUCAGUUUGGCUUCUAAACUGGGGUUUUGCAGACCCUUUUUAACUGAUUCUGGCCAUCUUUGAGAAAAAA